AUGGCUUACCAGUUCUUUGCUAAGUCAAAGUCGAGGACCUCAUCCUCUUCUCCAUCGCCACAUCGUCCAGCUCGUCCAAAUAAGCCGCCUAUCCACCCACCCCCUCUCCAACCGCCGGCUGUCGCAAAGAGUGGCCCGCCUAAUGUCAGCCCGGACACUUUCCCGCCAUAUCCCCAUGAAAUUCCCACGGGCUACGCGACAGGACACCCCUACAUCACAGUAGAGACUGUGAAGACCGUACAUAUACCUUCUUUGACGCGUAUCACGACUACUCUCUUGCCUAUUCGCUACCCAACCUCGUUCUACACAAGUACGAUCACUGACCCCGUCAUCGCGUCGCUUUCACGCGUCGCAAUAUACCAUGACCACCCUGUCGCCGCAGGGCCCUCCCCCGGAUCCUUGCCGGGCACGGAUCAAGUGAUCGGCGGUAUUAGGUGUAGGCUGGAGAAGCAGGAUCCCGGGCAGGUGAUUCACGGACGGGAGGCCACAAACUUGUAUAUUCAGACUUUACAUCUUCUAUCCGCUCAUCGUGGCCGUGGCGUUGCGACCUCACUGCUGAACUCGUUACUCUUUACACCGACUGGGGAUGGAAGCUCUAAUCAAGUUUCUGAGUUGGUCAAACACUAUAAUAUCAGUUCAGUGACCGCCCAUGUUCACGAAGCGAAUGAAGAUGCUCUAAGAUGGUAUGUGUCCAGGGGUUUUAAGGUGCAGGACGGUAUUGUUGAAGGUUAUUACCGACGCUUGAAACCCUCCGGCGCCAAAAUCGUUCGCCUAGAGGUACAAUGGGAGGACGAGAAGGCGGAGGGGAAGCCACAGGUUUCUCUGGAGCUGAACGAAGCUGCUGAAAGCUCAUCCCCGAAUGAUGCAGACGAUGAGGACUGGGAGAAGGUUGAGGCAGAAGAUAGCGAUGAGGGCGAUCAUGGUGUGCAGCUAUUGAGUGAAUCACGAAUCCUCGACAGUGAUGACACACCUUCAAGGAAACGCAAGGCUGAGGAAGAGAAGGGAAACCACCCGCAACGGCGAUGA